AUGACCGCAACAUGUAUCAAUGGCAAGCCGUCCUGGCACUUGGAAGAGCUACCUACAGAAGUCAAGGGUCUCAUAAUGGACGAGGUUUCGUUGCUGCCAAACCCCUACAGCAACCUUCUCAAUUUGGCAGAAACGUGCAAGCAGCUUUCCAGCCAUGCUCUUUCUCAGCUUUAUCUCAACGACGCCAAGGACUCAUUGGGGGCUGACAACUCUGAGUCAAAUAUGCCCCUGAGCCUUCAAUGGGCUUGCUGGUUCGGAAUCUUGGAAGCAGUUAAAAUGUCAUUAGAAGGUCUACGAAGAGCUGGUGUGGAUAUCAAGCGCAAAAUCAACCAACCUUUCGAAAACGGAACCCUCUACAAUUUGCGUUGCAAGUCAGUAAAGAAGAGAGGGCCUUCUGGUCCAGCUUUGAGUUAUGGAUAUCUGCAUUGGGGGAGCCGAAGCGGUCUUUUGCAUCUAGCGUGUCUACGCGGAAAUACAGCCAUUGCCGAAUUUCUUAUAGACAGCGGCGGAGCUGAUCCAGAUGCCCCAGAUGGAAAGGGUCUCCCUCCCUUGGCCUAUGCAUUGAACGAACAUGUGGUCAAGUUUCUUAUCGAAAGGGGAGCAGACGUCAACGUGACUCAUGGUGGUUCAGACGAGACGGCAUUAUGCCAUCUCAUAUCCUGGGGCCCGAGGGAUCAGUGCGACUGGCAGAAGGAGUUCAACAUACCUCGCGGCGGUGGCGCUCUCAACCCUUCAGACACUCGCCAAGACCAACUCAGUGCUAUCCGCUGUCUGAUCCUCUAUGCGAAUGCAGAUAUUUAUGCAAAUAGGAUUGACAAAGUCAGCCCGCUACGCAUGGCCGUACUGACACGAUACAUUGAAGUUGUCCAAAUUCUUUUGGAAGCCGGUGCUUCACCCAACCCACUCAGCAUCACGACGAAUAGCAAGAGGCUGUUGCUUGUGGAUGCUCUGAAACCGAGCCAGAAUCACCGCGUUGUCAACAUGCUUCUAGAGUUUGGGGCCGAGGCUGACGUCGAUGAAAUGCCUGACCACGAUCUCACCAAAUUGGAGGGCGAUCAGCUUCCUAUCAUGCACCUUACAACACCAGACAGUAAUCCACGAUAUGCGAAAGAAGAAGCUGACAUGGCAGAAAUUAUCUGCAAGAAAAUUAAGCACUUCAACAUGGUUAUCGACGGGCACCGGCCGCUAUGGCGCUAUGUGAGACAAGGACGGAUAGAUAUUGGCCGGAUUUUGAUAAAACACGGUGCAAGUCCUGAACUGGCAAAUGUUGAGGUUCAAGAUAAUGUUCUAGAGCUGGUAGCAAACUGA